CCUCCCUAAAAGAUCUAGAGAAUUUUCUCAAGUGGAUGCAAGAAGCAGAAGCUACAGUUAAUGUCCUUGCAGAUGCAUCACGACAGGAAAAUGCUGCACAGGAUGAUGCUUCUAGAAGAGAAUUAAAAAAACUGAUAGAGGAUAUCCAGGCUGAAAUUGAUGCUCACAAUGACAUUUUCAAGAGCAUUGAUGGAAAUAGGCAGAAGAUGGUGAAAGCCUUGGGAAACUCUGAAGAGGCUGCACUGCUACAACACCGUAUUGAUGACAUGAACCAGCGCUGGAAUGACUUGAAAGCAAAAUCUGCCAGCAUUAGGGCUCACUUGGAGGCAAGUGCGGAGAAGUGGAAUAAAUUGCUAACGUCACUGGAAGAGCUUCUCAAAUGGCUGAACCUGAAAGAUGAAGAGCUAAAAAAACAAAUGCCUAUUGGUGGGGAUGUUCCAACUUUACAGCAGCAGUAUGACCACUGUAAGGGACUACGACGUGAACUGAAGGAUAAAGAGCAAGCUAUUCUAAAUGCUGUGGACCAAGCACGAGUAUUCCUUGCUGAUCAACCAAUUGAAGGCCCUGAAGAACCAAGAAAAAACUUACUUUCAAAGCCAGAACUCACCCCUGAAGAAAAAGCCCAGAAGAUUGCUAAAGCUAUGCGUAAGCAGUCUGUGGAAGUGAAAGAGAAAUGGGAAAGCCUGAAUACCUGUGCCAACAGCUGGCAGAAACAAGUAGACAAAGCACUAGAGAAGCUGAAAGACUUGCAGUGUUCUAUGGAUGACGUAGAUGCUGAUUUGAGAGAGGCAGAGAAUGCACGGAAUGGCUUGAAACCCGUUGGAGAGAUACUAAUCGACUCAUUGCAGGAACACAUUGAUAAAACAACAGCUUUUAGGGAAGAAAUUGCACCAAUCAACGUGAAAGUUAAAGCAGUAAAUGAUUUAUCUAGUCAACUCUCUCCGCUUGACCUUCAUCCAUCAUUAAAGAUAUCGCGACAGCUAGAUGACCUCAAUAUGCGCUGGAAACUUUUACAGGUAUCUGUAGAGGAUCGCCUUAAACAACUACAGGAAGCACACUGGGACUGUGGCCCUUCUUCUCAAAAUUUUCUUUCCACCUCUGUGGAGCUACCAUGGCAGAGAUCAGUUUCACAUAACAAGGUUCCUUACUACAUCAAUCACCAGACUCAAACAACUUGCUGGGAUCACCCAAAAAUGACUGAACUCUUCCAAUCAUUAGGAAAGAUCAUCCAGACGUGUCAUCUGUGCACUGAUGGUGCUCAGUUCUACUCCUUUUCAUUUAAUUCACCUGUAACAGUGCAUAUUGUAAACAUCCUGGAACUAGUAAUGGAUUGCAUGAGAGCUAAGAAGCUGAAACUCAGUUCAGAUAGCCAUACACUGGCAGUGGACCUGUUGGACUUAAAUGCAACAAAUGAAGCUUUCAUACAGCACAAGUUGUACCAAAAUGACCAGCUCCUCAGUGUUCAGGAUGUGGUUAGCUGUCUCACUACAAUUUACAGUGGGAUGGAAGAGAAGCACAAAGAACUGGUGAACGUUCCACUCUGUGUCGAUAUGUGUCUCAACUGGCUGCUGAAUGUUUAUGAUACUGGUCGUACUGGAAAAAUCAGAGUGCAGUCCCUAAAGAUUGGUUUGAUGUCUCUUUCUAAGGGCCUUCUAGAGGAGAAGUACAGAUAUCUCUUUAAGGAAGUGGCAGGACCCACAGAAAUGUGUGACCAGAGGCAGCUCGGCUUAUUGCUUCAUGAUGCUAUCCAAAUCCCACGACAGCUUGGUGAAGUAGCUGCUUUUGGAGGCAGUAAUAUUGAACCCAGUGUCCGCAGCUGUUUUCAGCAGAACAACAACAAACCAGAAAUCAGUGUAAAACAAUUCAUAGACUGGAUGCAUCUGGAGCCUCAAUCAGUGGUGUGGUUACCUGUUCUGCACAGAGUGGCAGCUGCAGAAACAGCAAAACAUCAGGCCAAGUGCAACAUCUGCAAGGAAUGCCCAAUUGUUGGCUUUAGGUAUCGGAGCCUGAAACAUUUCAACUAUGAUGUCUGCCAGAGCUGUUUCUUCUCUGGCCGUACAGCAAAGGGUCAUAAAUUACAUUACCCAAUGGUGGAGUAUUGUAUACCAACAACAUCAGGAGAAGAUGUCCGAGAUUUCACCAAGGUGCUAAAGAACAAGUUUCGAUCAAAGAAGUAUUUUGCUAAACACCCUAGGCUUGGCUACCUGCCAGUUCAAACAGUUCUUGAAGGUGACAACCUGGAAACACCAAUUACACUUAUUAGUAUGUGGCCUGAACAAUAUGACCCUUCCCAGUCCCCCCAGCUGUUUCAUGAUGACACCCACACCAGGAUUGAGCAAUAUGCCAACAGGUUAGCCCAGAUGGAACGGACCAAUGGCUCCUUUCUUACAGAUGGAAGUUCUACCACAGGAAGCGUGGAAGAUGAACAUGCCCUUAUCCAGCAGUACUGUCAAACCCUGGGAGGAGAAUCACCUGUGAGUCAGCCACAGAGUCCAACACAGAUCUUAAAGUCAGUAGAGAGGGAAGAACGAGGAGAACUUGAACGUAUCAUUGCUGACCUUGAGGAUGAGCAAAGGAUGCUUCAAGUGGAAUAUGAGCAGUUAAAGGAACAGCAUCUUCGAAGGGGAAUAAAUGCACCGAGCUCACCCCCAGACUCUGCCAUGUCACCCCAGCACACAUCUGAAGAUGCUGAGCUCAUUGCAGAGGCCAAACUCUUACGACAACACAAAGGUCGUCUAGAGGCUAGAAUGCAGAUUUUGGAAGACCACAAUAAGCAGCUGGAAUCUCAGCUCCAUCGGCUGCGACAGCUGCUUGAGCAGCCAGACACAGAUUCCAGAAUUAAUGGCGGCUCUUCUUGUGCUUCACCUCAGCAUUCUGCACUCAGCUAUUCACCUGGUCAGGAUACCAGUACACAGUUUAAUCAAACGGGUGUAGAUGACUUGUUAGUCCCACCUCAUGAUACUAGCACAGAUCUAACUGAUGUCAUGGAACAAAUCAACAGCACAUUUCCAUCUUGCCGCACAAAUCUUGCUGGCAGACCACAGGCAAUGUGAAGUUUUCAGUCUGACGACAGUUCGUUCUUCCUGAUGUCAAAUACAGCCCUUUUUCUACAAAUGCCAACGUAAAGUUCCAGUAAUCAGAUGGCUGCAUGGGACCUUGUAAUAUACUGUUUAACUCUGUGUGUUUUUACUUCAAAUAGGAAAACACUUGAAUUACCCAAAGACAAGGAUGUUGUGGUUUUUUAAAAAUAUAUGUGUGCGUUUCCCCCUUCCUUCCCUCUAUGCAACUGUAAAUUAACAAACAGUAGAGUAUUUGGAAAUGGUUAUACAUAUGUCAUUGAUUUAUAUAAUAUACAGUAUCAGGAAUGGGGGUGUGGGUUUAUAUCCAUUCUUUUUGAUAUUGCUGCAGUGAAUUGCAUACACAGUUUGGAGCAAAGCAUUACAUUAAUACAUUCCCUUCAGCUUUUUGUGUUUGCAAUUUGGAGUACCUUCUGUGCUGACACACAUACUGCUCUGCACUGGUUUAUUUAUAUUUGUCUAAUAGUAUUCAUUUCAAACUGUGAACAAAUAUCAAUUUCUCAUAAUCAUACUAUUAGUAUUUGACAAAAGUCAUUUAUGACCAUCUAGGAGUACACGCUCCAGCUAACAAGACAUUCAGCUACAAUAACCAUUAAAACUAAAAUGGUGUGCUAGUGAAUUCUUUUCCCUACUGAAUGCAGAAGGAUAUCCCCAUCACCACCGGCUUUUCUUUGGCUUGUAAUGUGAGUUAAGGUUCAUUUGGAUUUUAUUUAAUACAACCAUUCAGAAUCUAUGUAAUGUUGGUUAUCUACACAGCAAAGACAAUGGUCUAAUUUUGUGCCAAAUUCUGUCAAGGCUUUUUGUUAAAUCAUCAAAUGCAAAGGACCUAAUUUGCAAUUAUUUGAUUCUGCUUUUAGAAAUGUAUAUAACUUGAGGAGCUUAGUCUGCUGUAAUGCAAAAAAUGUGUUUUCCUUACAUCGCAAAGGUUGCCUGGAAAAUUUCAGCCAGCAUCUUCUGUGCAUUUUCAAAUGGCUUUCUUAACAUAUAUGUUUAAAAGCAGGGAAAUUGCAGAGAAGAUUAGCCGCAGCCUAUGACAAGAUACCGGGCACUUUUCCUUCACCAUUGAGUUUGUAGUUUUGUGUGGGCAAAUGCUGUCAUUAUAAAACUCAUUUGCUCAAUAAGUUGCACUUGUGCAAUAUGUGUCUUUUAAGUAUCUAAGUAGUACUAGGGAGAUUCCACUCUGAUUCUAUUAACAUUUAUGCCCAAAUGGGAAGUGGAGAGAUUUUAGACCAGUUGUUUUCUGCAAGGAAAUGCCGAGUGGAGUAUCCCAUAUCGAUAAUGAAAUCAAAACGGGAACUGUCGUCCUGGUGUGAUGCUUACAGCUCCUGAUGCUGAUGUCACCACUCAGUCUUCUCAUCUCUGGAGUGGAGCUAGUAAACGUUAUGAGACUCAAAUUACGUAAUGUAUCUUUAAUGCUCUGAUGGUUCAAAGUGCUAUAUAAAUGAUAAGUAUUAUUUUUUUGCAGGGGAGGGAGUUUUGCCAAAAAGCGGGGAGAAAUAGGAGGUUAAUAUGUGGAUUUUUCAUCUAGAAAGAAAUAUAUUUUGGUAUAGAUAUUUUGAGAAGGAUGAAAAGUUUUGCAGAAAAGGAAAGCCAUGACCACCUUUCUACCUCAGACACUUUUCUUUUUCUUUUUAUAUUUAGUAUUGGAAACAGGUCAAUGUUUUUUGCCAGGUGUCUUCCUUUACCAGAUUACAUUGAAGCAAAAAGCAAAACAAGAACCAAUCCCUUUUAAAAAAAUACUUAACAGCAAAGAUCUCAGUAAUGGAUUUGGUGGCUUUUUUAUAAUGACUGAAAGGUUAUGUAUGAAUUGUUUUCUGCCUGUGUUUGUAUGCAAAUUCUGUCCUCUUCUCUGCUGUCAUGUAAAAACUACUUAAACAUUACCUUGUAACAUUCUCCCUCUGAGACACUGAUAAAUAAAAGGAAUAUGUUGCAGU